UCCACGUACGGCCUGCGCCACCGGCGGAGCUCGCGCCAUUCCUAUCCCUAUUCGCUCAUCGCACUGUGUGUGUGUGUGUGUAUGUGUUUGUGUGUCUGUACAUACUUGUCAUCGCAUAAGUACUCACGCUUCUACAGCGCGGACAGUUCGGCCGCGUAGACACCGGUGUAUACACUUGCUCGUGCGUCGAAGACGAGACGCGAGAGAGAAUUCCUUGCGCAGGCUGCAGCUUUUCGCAAUCGCCCUCUCGCAGAGAUGUGUAUAUAGGAGCACGCUCUCCUCUCCUCUCCCUCUGCCGCGUCCUUCGACGCUUGCCAGGCUCGCUGCUCGCUCUCUCUCUCUCUCUGCGUUGCUGCAGGAUAUUUUCGUCAGUUUUUUCCCUCUCUUUCUCUCAAAUUCAGUGGAAAUUCCAUUGUCGCUGAUUGUCCAUACAGUCGGCGUGGCGGCAGUUUCGAAGCGUUUAUCGAUCGGAGCUAUCCUGUGCGCGAAAAUAAAAAUAAUAACAGAAACGAGCGCGACUGCCUUUUGUUUCCGACGGGGACAGCAGAGGAACGAGGAAGUGAUAGAUACUGCUUCUGAGGUUUUUCUCGAAGGAAGCGAGAUAUAUAGUGCGCGCGAGGAGGAGAGAGAAAGAGGGCACCCGCGGGAAGAGGAGGAAAAAGCCUGGCGAAUGUGUAACGGGAUGAGGAAAAUCCAGUGAAGAUCAAGGAGGGGCAGAAGUUACGGAAUUUUUGCUGCUCGAUAUGGAUAAGAAGCCGACGACGGGAUUCCACUGGUACAUGGGGAAAGUUGGAAGGAGCCCACUGCUGGCCGCACUGCUGCUGCUGGCUACGUGUGUCGCCGGUAACAAUGUGAACGAGCCGCCGAUAUUCGACGGUUCGGGCUACCCGAUGGGUUGGACUCUGAACGAGGCGACACCAGUGGGCACUAAGGUCUUCACCCUGAAAGGACACGAUCCCGAGGGCUCGCCGGUUAAGUACGGCGUACAGCUGACCGAUAAAUUUGUGGUCGAUCAGCGCACCGGUGUCAUGACCCUGGCCAAACCGCUCGACCGCGAGGAGGCGGACACGAUAAGAUUCCGAGUGACGCUGGAGGACUCGGUGCCGCAGGGCCAGCAGCCGAACAUCGUCGGGGUGGAGGCGCACGUGAUAGUGCUCGACGAGAACGACAACCCGCCGCAAUUCCUCGGCGUUCCGUACGAGGCGGUGGUCGCCGAGGACUCGCCCCCGGGCACAACCAUACUCCCGGCCAUACGGGUCACGGAUCCCGAUCUGCUCGGCGAGAAUAUUCAAGUCACCUGCAUACCCCAGCCUCAGUUCCCCGACGCUUGCACCAAAUUCGGCAUUGUCAACAUCGAGAGGAGCCAAGACACUUACAUCGGGGCACUCGUACUCCAGCAGCCAUUGGACUACAAAGAGCGACCUUUCUACCAACUUCUACUCCAGGCGAGCGACGGCAGCAACAGCAACAGCACCGGAGUCGAGAUCAAAGUCACCGACAUUCAGAACAGUCCGCCCGAGUUCUUGGACUCGCUGACCGGAGUCGUCAAGGAGGACGACCCAAUCGGCACACUGGUGAUGACUGUCAAAGCGAGGGACGGCGACCGCGGAAUGCCGAGGAAAAUCGUCUACGAACUCGUCACCAAUCCAUUCGACUACUUCCUGCUGGACGCGGAGACGGGCGAGUUGCGCACAGCCAAGCCUUUGGACCGAGAAGCUCUGGAGAAUUCGACGGGUGUGCUGAGUUUCCGGGUUAAGGCUCGGGAGGUCGUCGAUGGAACUCCGGGCAGCGAUCCCUCGACAGUGUCGGUAGCCGAGGCUACGGUCACCAUCAAGGACGUCAACGACGAGCCGCCGAGUUUCAACCGCAAGGAGUACAGCAUCUCCAUACCGGAGAACAUCGCCGACGGCACACCCCUGCCGCAUCUCGAGAUGAUGGUUCGCGAUCCCGACGUUGGUUUGAAUUCGGUAUUCUCUUUGCGACUGGAGGAUAUUACCGGCGCUUUUACCGUCGAGCCGAGCCAAGCAACAGGCAGCACAUCUGUGAAUAUUCGAGUGACUAAUGGCUCGCUGGAUUACGAAAAUCCUAAUCAAAGAAAGUUCAUUAUCCUGGUGGUCGCCGAGGAAGUUCAUACAAAUCCGAAGCUCUCAUCGACCGCGACAGUCACGGUUGGUAUAACGGAUGUCAAUGACAAUGCGCCGUCUUUCUCCAACCCCUCGUACACGGCCCUCGUCUCGGAAACUGCUGGACCGGGCACUCCGAUAACUACCAUCACGGCCAAAGAUCGCGACAGUGGCCGGUUCGGCGCCGCCGGAAUAAUUUACCAGCUGAUUGGCAAGGGAUCCGAGCACUUCAACGUCGACAAGAAAACGGGGAGCAUCACCGUCGCAGCCUGUCCUACUCCGGGGACGUCGCCCUGCCUCGAUUUCGAGGAGCAGAGCGAGUACUUCCUGAAUUACAAGGCGACGGACGACAACGGCAAGGGUCAAACAACGAGCGUGUCCCUGCGAUUAAGUCUCGCGGACGCGAACGACAGUCCGCCCAAGUUCCAGCACAAGAAGUACCGAGCGGUGAUCGACGAGGGGGCCGAGAAGUUCGAGCCCCCGCUUCGGGUGCAGGCGCGCGAUCGCGACAAGACCUCGAAAAUCACUUACUCCAUCGUCGAGGGCAACAAGAUGGGUAUCUUCAGAAUCGACUCGGACUCGGGCGAGAUCACGAUUGCCAAGCGCGCCCCCGUCGACAUGAGCAACUCCACCAACGGCGGCGAUUCCAUCUCACUGACUGUGCAGGCGAGCGACGGAACUUUCAGCGAUAAAGCCCUCAUCAGCAUCACCGUAAGAGACGUCAACAACAAUGCGCCCGCCUUCGCCCACGAUCUAUACACCGCCAGCAUACCCGAACUUUCUCCCGUUGGUACGGUCGUCGAGGAGCUGACCGCCACCGACGCCGACAGCGGUAUCAACGCCGAGCUCGUCUACAGGAUUCAGAAGGGAGGCUUCAACGAUUUCGCCGUGAACGAAACGAGUGGCGCAGUCUUCGUAUCGCGUAAAUUGGAUUACGACCAGCGAAACACUUACCACGUCGAGGUCAUAGCGUUCGAUAAGGGAUCGCCCAGUCUCACCGGCACAACGACACUGAUGAUUAACGUGGAAAACAGCAACGACAAGCCGCCGUACUUCAGCCCGGGAACUCAGCGAGCGGAAGUGACGGAGGACACGGCUAUAGGUACGGUCUUCACUACCCUGAAAGCAAUCGAUCCCGACAGCACGGAUCCCGAGGCGCUGAAUUUCGCCAUUUCCGAGCCGAUCACGGCGAUAGACAGGAACGGCCAGCGUGUCAACGACAGCACCACUGCUUUCAAGGACUUCUUCGCCGUCGACCGGAAGACCGGACAGGUGUCGGUGGUCAAGAGCUUGGAUCGAGAUAUCGCCGCGACUGUCAGCCUCACACUCGUCGUCACCGAUACUUCCGCGCCCACUCUGCAACAGGGAAAAGGCAAUUUGGUCGUGACGAUCAUCGACGUGAAUCAUUUUGCACCGGAAUUCGCUCGACCGUGGACUCGCGAGGAUCCAAAGUACUCGAUAGAAAUGCAAGAAGAGCAACCAACUGGAGCAAUCGUCGGGGCAUUCACAGCGACGGAUGCAGAUAAUAACAUUGCUGGCUAUGCAAUUGAACCGCCCAGUCCUUACUUUCACAUAAACAACGUCACUGGCAUCGUUCGUACAAGUCAAAUCAUCGAUUACGAAGAAACUAAGCAGCUGGAGUUCACCGUCGUCGCUUACGAUACGGGAGUUCCUCAACUUUCGACUUCCGCGAAAGUCACGGUGACCAUUAUCAAUGUCAAUGAUGAGGAUCCAAAGUUCGAGCACAAAUCCUACAACGCGACCGUUAAGGAGAACUCACAGCCCGGCACUCGUGUGACGGUUGUAAAGGCCAUUGAUGCCGACGAAGGUCCUUUCGGCGAAGUAACCUACAGUUUAAUCGGAGAGCAUGCAUCCGAUUUCAAUAUCGGCCAUGAAACUGGAGAAAUCACGGUGGGAGGAGCAACAGUUCUGGAUCGCGAAAUUAUACCGGAAAUAACGAUAUCUGUUAUGGCGAGUGACAACGCUCCAAUGAAUUCUAGACGAUCGACAUCAGUUCCUGUUGUUAUAAAACUCGUAGACGUUAAUGAUAAUCGACCCAUUUUCACGCAACAUAGUUAUCGCGCAUCGGUGGCUGAGAACCUGUCCGUCAAUCCUCCAGCUCCCAUUCUACAGGUUCGAGCUGUCGAUAACGAUGAAGGCGUUAAUGGAGAAGUGUGGUACAAAAUAAUCAAAGGUAACGAAAAUGGCUCGUUCGCUCUUAACCCAGAAACCGGAAUUCUGUACCCGGCAGUCUCGCUUUUGGGGAGAGCGCAAUCUUACAAGAUCAAAGUCGAAGCCAGAGACAUGGCUGGCAAGGGACCUCAUUUUGAUACGUGCAACAUCUACGUGCGCGUCAUUCCUGUAAAUCAGCAUAAACCGGAAUUCAUCAUGCCCGAGUUGCCAAACGCUACAGUUGAAGUUCCUGAAAAUGGUGGAGAGCCAAAUUACUUAGUAAUGACCGUAAAAGCUAUCGAUAGAGACUCCGGAGAUAACGGUAAAGUUAGCUAUCACAUGAAAGUGGGUAAUCGAAAUGUUCAAGAAACCGAGGAGUUUUCAAUCAAUCAAGAGACUGGAGAGCUUCGAGCAAAAAUAAUUCUUGAUCGUGAAACCAAGAAUAAAUUUGAGCUUGUGCUCGUGGCCGCUGAUCAUGGAAGUCCUACGGCUUACGAAACUCUACGUCUUUUGACCGUCCUCCUCAUCGAUACAAAUGACAACGUCCCUGAAUUUUAUGAGGAAUAUAAUUUUAACGUCCCAGAAAACCGUCCUAAAGACUAUUACGUAGGAAAAGUCACUGCCGAGGACAAGGAUGAAGGAAGGCACGCCAAAGUAUAUUAUUACAUAAAAGCUGGAAACGCCGACCGAGCCUUCUACAUCGACAAGUCAGACGGUAGCAUCUACACGAAUCGUUCGUUCGAUCGCGAAAAGCGUGACAGCUAUCUCCUGACGAUCCUCGCAGCCAAUGAUCCCGAUAUUUACGUCGAUCCAAAGGACACCGAUCACUCGCGCAAGAAUCUGGAGCACGGUUACGUCAACGUCACGAUAAAGAUCUUGGACGAGAACGACAAUCCGCCAGCUUUCGAGAGGAGCGCCUACUUCGCCGGCGUAAACUCAAUGGCUAACAUAAACGAGCUCGUGACCAAAGUCACCGCAUCUGAUGCAGAUCUUGGCGAUAACGGCACCCUCCAGUAUUACGUGGCUAGUGCGAAUCUUUAUAAAUAUGGUUCCGACAAACCGAGUGGUUCGAUAGUCCCGAGUCCCUUCAAUGUCACUCAGGACGGAAAGCUGGUGACGAGCGGUUAUAUGGCGGAAUAUAAUCAGGAUCGUUUUAUCGUGGAGAUCGUUGCUAAGGAGAUUGCUUCGCCUGAACGAUUUGCUGUGACCAAAGUUCACGUGUGGGUCUUUGAACCGUGUCAACUUAUCCGAGUAAUUCUGUCGAGGCCGCCGGAAGAAGUGAAUCGAGAAAAGGACGAAAUUAUUUUGGAGCUGUCGAACGCUACUCAAAGUCGUGUGGUAGUAGACGAUAUUCGAUACCACGUCGACUCGUCUGGUCAUAUUCGUCGAGAGUGGUGUGACAUGUACUUGCACGUGGUCGAUCCAAAGACGCAAACAAUUUCACCCAUACCUCAGGUGCUCAAACUCAUAGAUUCAAAGUAUGACUUUUUGAAGGACUAUUACACGGGCUUUGCCAUCGAGAAUGUCGUACCUGCAUACGUGGGUGUCCAAGAGGAAUCCUUUGACAUUGCUCUCGCGGCACUUAUUGCCCUUCUCGUGGUUCUUCUCGUAGGUGCAGUUACUGUAACAGUCGUCUGUUGCUGUCUGAAACACUGGGUCAUAAGUGUGCCAAAUGAUAUUCGCAAGAAAGAUGGACUUAUCAAAAAGCAAAUUAUAGACGAAUUGAACACUACGGAAAAUCCACUGUGGAUUGAACAGAAACUUAAACUGUACGAGGAGCAAGAAUUGACGAUGCAAGUCUUUAGCGAGCCGGAAGCCGGUUUAAGUACGGAAAGACGGGGAAGUAAUAUGAGCCUUGCAAUGGGCGAUACGUCGCAAGACAACACUUACGCCACGAUACAGCAUCCGUUGCCAUCCAACAGGCACCGUUCAUCAACGCCGGAUUACACGACCCUUCCAGGAAAUCGCAAUAUGUACGAGUCUGCGAUGGGCUUUCAAGGUUCGACAUUCCAGCCGGUAACGCUGUCCCAGUUGACCUUGGAUAACGACGGACAACCUCAAUUCGUUUCAGGGCUCGUCUAGGUGACUUCUUUCUCAUCAUCAAGCGAAGAUAAUAGGCCAAAUUUAGUGGAUAGACGAAACUGAAGUAAUCGCGAAAAUCAACGAAUGAUAGAGAAAAGGUAAAAAUGAAAAAGUUAACGGGGAAAGACAAGGAGUUGAGAAAUAAUUGUAAGGAUGCUAUAGGUUAGAGGGAUAGUUAGCCUCUGUGUUGCAACACGAAUUCGCCAUAUAUACAAUAAGUCGCCCACCAAAACUCUUCGUCCUCUACUAAUUCUCCUGUCGCUCGUGUAACUUCUCAAGACUUUGACAAUAACCAGUUAAUGUAUGGUCGGUCUUCCGAGUUAUGUCUUUCUAAAUUUCUUCGCGAUUCGUUGCUACUUAUAAAUAUAUCGUAGCAUUUACUCUUCUUUGGAAGGCUCUCAAAGACGGCGAGCGUUGAUGAUCGACGAUCUCUUCGUUUGAGACAUUCACGCCGGGAAAGCUGGAUUCUCGGGUGUCGCGAUCGCCUAUCCACGAUGAAAUAUUUCCGCGCGCGUAUCACGACAACAUCUGGGAAGAAAACACAAAGAGAAGAUAAAUAUGCAAGCUUCUAAAAGUCAUUUUGUUUUUAAGAUUUAUAGUUAAUUUUCGCUUUAAAAAAGUUGCAAAUUAACGAACGAUUAAAAUAAUUUUUUCGCGGAAAAUUAUCAAUAUUUUGCAUUUUAAUUUUUUGCUCGUUGCAACUGCAUCAGAGAAUUGACGUGGGUGGAACUGUAGCUGAGGAGAGCGCAGCUCGCGAGAGUCCGGCCCCAUUGAUGACUUUCACUUUGUUGUUAUAAGGAAACCUGUACGGUUUAAAAUGGACUCUAAUCGAGUGAUUCAUGAUUAUUGCAUGUAUUCCGUAUGUGUGAUCACGUGUAUUCAUGUGUGAGGUGCCACAGCGUCGAGCUCAAGGAAUUCAUUGGUUGGAAAGUUGAAGCAUAUAGGAGGAGGAAGAUUAAGUAUUAAGACAAACCCUUUUUUGCUUUUAAUGCAUUUAUCUGACUUUUACCAGGUCAUUGUCGGAGCUCUAUAAUGUAUUAACGAUUGUUUUAAAUUGAAAUUAAACAUAUUUUCAAUGUAAUUGUUGAUAAAAGUUAUGAUAUGUAUAAAAGUUUGUUAAAUGACACCGAUUAUUCGUCUUCCAUAUUGCGUAAUUGAUAAAAUGUAUUGAUAUAAUAAUUUGAAAUAAUUAUUAUUUCGGAAUAUGCAUAAACUGCGAAAGCUUUCACGCUUGUUGUUGAUCAUUUACAUAGUUUUUAUGUAUUGCCUGUUGAGUUGAAAUCAAAAAAAUUUACUCUUAUUUCGUAAAUUGUUGAAAUCACGUAGAAGAUGUUUAAGUUUUAAAAAGAGUAUAUAUACGAUCGUUGUUUGAAAACUUUUAUUUAUACUUUAUAGAGCUCCGAAGGGAAAGUUCAAUUGUUAGCUAUAUUUUGUUAAAAAAAAGUUUAUUCUCAAUGUGAAAGCUGAUCUUUUUUGAAUUAGUAAUGCCAGUUUUCCAAAGAAUGAAAGCCAUCUCAACGAAAAAAAAUCAAACUGAGUUGCGAGCCUAGUAGUAUAAAGAUGAAAUUUAAUAUGAUAUGUAAUGAAACAAAAAAUAAUAUUGUAAACGGACGCGAAACGUAUAAUUGCCAAUGGCGAUCGACAUGUAGCUUGGCCAAUUUUUGUAUAUAAUUUUUAUUAAUAAGCGUAUUUAAAUGUGUAGAUUCCGUCCAGCCCAAUUCGCCGUUCUCGAAGCUCAAGUUUUAUAUGAUUAUCAUUUCCCAGUAAAGUUCCAUUUGCAGCAUUUAAAGCGGCAAUUGCAACUCAAUUUUAACGUUACUCACAAGUCGAAAUGUAAGAGGGAAAUCUAUCACGUUUGCACUUCAACUUUUCAACGCAAUUUGUUGUAAAUUGAAUAAUCAAAGAAAAAAUUAAAAAAAAAAUUCGACUUACUGCCAGAACCUUGGCGCGAUCGAAAAAAAGCGAUAGUUAGUUGUUACGUUAUUUAUACAUUGAUAUAUUUAAAGAUUUAAUCGUUUAUUAGUUAAAAUUUUAACGUUUACACUGUGAUCGACUCGCGUCGAGGUGCAAGUUCUUGAUAAACCAAUUGAUUUUAGUCUCUGGAAAAGCCCUCGAGUUUUCGAGACUAAGCCCUCAAGUCAUUGGUUGUGGAUUAAAAACGUUGAUUAAUGAAAUAUAGGGAGAGAGAUUAUUACAAAUUUCUUUGAUCGUUUAUUCGCAUCUUAGUAUAAAAUAAUGCAUUUUACCCGAAGUUGUAUUUUGUAAAGCGUUUGUGAAUUACGACUGGAUUGUAGCUCAGCGUUGUAAAGUAUUUAUACUUAUAUUUUUAAAGUAAUCUUUUUAUUAGAUUAUAAGACUUAUUUAAGCGAUAAACGAAAAUUGUUUUUUAUUUUCGUUUUUUCAGACGAGCUCAUCAACCAUAUUAUAUAGCGAAUCGAAAUGUACAGUUCGAAGCAUGUAACGUGUUUUUGGAAAUCCUGUUUUAUACCUUUUAUGUAUAUGAUCAUGAAUGAGAUUAUUAUUAUUUUAUUAUUGUUUUUGAUUUAAUUUUCGUUUCAUCCCACUUAUAUACCUGUAUCCCUAACUCGAAGACUUGAGUGCUCUAAGUCCUUUGAACUAAGGCAAUGGGCGGACAUAGUCAUAUCAUAGCUAAGACAAGACUUUCUUCGCAAUGGAUGUAAUUAGAAUACAAGCAAUUUUUUACGAAAAGUGUGUAUUUUUGCCGAGAAAAACAAAUCAUUGACAUGAACUUACCCAAAUGAAUAAGCCCCAGUUUUCGCAGGUUAGAUAAUUUUUGUUGAGUGUGUAUAUUGUUCUAGAUUAGUUGAUAAAUUAGCUGGUAAUUUGCAAAUAAGCAUCAUAUUUUUUCUGACGAUAUCUACGUUUUUACUAACAAAAUUAACAAUUGACAACGAACCACAUACGUUAUAAAUUUUUUUCUGGCAAAACAAUUAGAAAAGUACUUUCAAUUAACGAUAUUGUAAGACUUAAAUUUUAAUUUUAGAACAGUGAUAUAGUUUAAUUCUAAACACCCUUUCAGUUGCGCAUACUCAUUCAACAUACUCGCCGGAAAAAUUCAACUUGAAACCAACUCAAUCGCAUAUAGAAUCUAUUUUACUGAGUAAUAUACAAAUAGCGCAGUCGAUAGUACGUAGGAAUUAAACAAAAGCAUAUGCCAAUAAUGUUGAGAAAGUGAUUGCUUGAUUGAAAAUGAUGAAGAUUUCUCAGCAAUUAAUAACUUUCGCUCUAUAAGACUAUGCAUUUAUAGCAAACAAUUUCUAGAAACAUCAAUAUUUGUACGAUUAUUUUUUACAUAAUAAUAAUAAUAAUAACGAUUAAGCACUGAAAAAUUUUACAAUAACUGUAUGUGCGCUUCACUUUCUCAUUAAAAAAGUCUGACUGCGAUAAAUUCACGUAGAGGUAUAUAGCAUAAAAUAAACGUAUAGCUGUAGGUACAUUAUCUUGAAUUAAUAAACGCUAGGAAUAAUAUUCAAUCUGGUUUGCUAAGGAAAAUUUGCUAAAGAGUUUGCUAUACAAUGAUUUUUCGAAGUAAUCUAUAUUAGUAUAUUAUAUAUAAUAUACCAAAAUAAUAAACUGUGAAAAAAACUGUGAAAUUCAAGUAACUUAGAGAAUAUUUACGACUGCUGGAAUUUCUUAACGAUGUAUAUGUAUUAUAUAUACAUAAUAAGCAACAAAAAAGGAUGUUAAACAACGUCUUUUGAUAGUGCCAAUGUUCGUGUUCAAUAAUAGUGCUUAUACAUUUAUACACAACUGUACUAAUAAUCGAUCUCUUGUCUUAUCUAUGAAGAUCAAGAAAUGAUGAGAGAAACGUCAGUAAGUAUAAAUGUCCGCAGUUAACAUGAUCGUCGGAUAACAUUGCGUGUGAUCGAAUUGCAAGCUCUGAUGAUUUUAACGAAGCUUCAAAUGCAAGAUGUGACCUUACUCGAUAAGCACAUAGGUGGCUGUCCUUGUUUCUAUAUAUAUAAAGUCUCAUAUGAAACAGGAACAAUUUUCUAACGAAAUCGUCUACACCGCGCGUUAUUGGGCUUAGGAAGUUCAAUAUAUUCGAAAUCCAUCGUACGUAUAACAUGCUAUUGCGAAGAAGGUCUUAAUAUAGAAAAAAGAAAAAAAUCGUGCAAUGUAACUCGUAUACUUUUGGGAGAGAAGAGUAGCAAAAGAUGAAAAAUAAUAAUAAAAACGACAUUUAAUUCGACGAAAUCGAUAUAAGUAAUCGAAUUAAACGAUGUUUCAUGUAUUAAGUAUUUAUAAUAUGACGAAUAUAAUUGUCCCUGCGGUCAUAAAACGCAUACCAAUAUCAGUAGAUAUUUAUACUUAAAGUAGAGAACAAUAAUUAAUUAUUAUUAUUAUAAAAGAAAAUAGAGAAUUAUCGGUUCGACGUAUUGAAUUAUUUUGAAUUUCUCGAAUUCGUCAUUGUCUACAAGUCGAUUGAUAUACAUAUAUAUUUAUACAAUCGAUUCGAUGCUCCAGAUGUAAGAUUGUAACAUAUUUAACGUAAGCCUUUAAUACACACACACACACACACACACACACACACACACACACACAAAGACAGACACAAACACACCUUGAUCUUAUGUGCUUAUACAAAAUUAUAUU